AUGGUUGCGCUUACGGUAAAAGUAGGGGAGGCAAAGCAAGGUGAAACAGCACCAAGGAGAAAAGCAGCCCAAAAGGCAGCAGCAGUCGACAAACCAUUGGAUUCCAAGGCUGCCACAUUGCCCGAAUUCGUUGAGGAGUGCUCCAAAAGAGGUGGGAAUGAUAAAGCUAUGGGUUGGAGAAACCUCUUGGAAGUACAUACAGAAAUCAAGAAGGUUAAAAAAUUAGUAGAUGGUGAAGAAAGGGAGGAAGACAAGGAAUGGCUCUACUACGAGAACUCAAGUUAUAACUUCCUUACGUACAACGAGUUAUGGAAUCAAGUGCAAGCUUAUUCAAGAGGCUUGGUCUCUUUAGGUUUAAAACCUGAUCAGACAAGUAGAUUGCAUAUAUAUGCAUCUACUUCUGCAAAGUGGAUGCAAACUUUCAUGGCCUGCCUGGUUCAAGGUAUUCCGAUUGUCACGGCCUAUGAUACUUUAGGGGAGUCUGGGUUAGUGAGCUCGCUACUUGAGACUGAAUCCGAAGGAAUUUUUACAGAUAAUGCCUUACUAGCGCUGUUAAUAAGACCACUACUGAAAGCCAAAUCAAUCAAAUUUAUCAUUCAUGCUGAGCCGAUUGAUGAAAAGGAUACUCGUUUGAAAGGUAAACUAUAUAAAGAAGCUAAUGAGGCAAGAGAAAAAAUCUUGAAAGAAAGGCCUGAUAUCACCUUUAUUACUUACGAUGAAUGCAUCAAGCUUGGUAAGGAAAACCCGGAAGUUCCGUAUCCGAAACCAAAGCCUGAGGAUUUGGCUUGUAUUAUGUAUACUUCAGGCUCAACAGGUGCUCCAAAAGGUGUUGUAAUUAGUCAUGAGAACAUCAUUGCUGCUGUAGGAGGCAUUUCUUGUAAUGCUAGCAGGUCUUUGGUGAAGAGAAAUGAUAGAGUUAUAGCCUUUUUACCCUUAGCGCAUAUUUUUGAAAUGGCUUUUGAACUCGCAAAUUUUUGGUGGGGAAGUUGCUUGGGUUACGCAAACGUUAAAACCUUAACAGACAUCUCCUGUAGAAACUGCGAAUCGGAUUUGGUUGAAUUUAAGCCUACCAUCAUGGUUGGUGUUGCAGCCGUGUGGGAAUCUGUUAGAAAGGGUGUUUUGGCAGAAGUCAGGAAACAACCUGCCUUAGUUCAAAAGCUCUUUUGGGGUGCAUAUAAAGGAAAAUCAACCUUCAAUCAUUUCAAGCUUCCAGGUGGAGGAAUAUUUGAUUUUGUUUUCAAAAAAGUCAAGGCGAAGACAGGUGGACAUUUAAGAUAUGUUUUGAACGGUGGCUCGCCAAUAUCAAUAGAUGCUCAAGUUUUCAUUUCUACUACUAUUGCCCCAAUGUUGGUGGGAUAUGGAUUAACAGAAACAUGUGCUAACACCACAAUCGUUGAGUUUCAACAUUUCGAAUUUGGUACAGUGGGAACUUUGACUGGUGCCAUUACGGCCAAGCUAGUAGACGUUCCUGAUGCUGGUUAUUUCGCCAAGAAUAACCAAGGUGAAGUUCUUUUGCAAGGAAAGUGUGUCACAAGUGGUUACUUUAAGAAUGAGAAAGAGACAUCGGAGGCAUUCACCGAAGAUGGUUGGUUCAAGACUGGUGAUAUUGGUGAAUGGGCUCCAAAUGGUGCCUUGAAAAUUAUUGAUCGUAAAAAGAAUUUGGUGAAGACUUUGAACGGUGAAUAUAUAGCAUUAGAGAAGUUGGAGUCCAUUUACAGAUCGAACCAUAUUGUUCUUAACAUUUGCGUUUAUGCAGAUCAAAGUAAGGUGAAGCCAAUUGGUAUUGUUAUUCCAAAUGAGACUUUCCUUAAACAAUUCUUGGCAGAAGAAAAGGUAUACUCAGAAAAUGAAUUAAGCUCGAAGAGCCUUUCUUCUUUAUGCGAAGACAAGAAGGUCACUCGUGCUUUCUUAAAGUCUUUGUUGGCUACAGGUAAGUCUCAAGGCUUAAAAGGAAUUGAAUUCCUUCAGAACAUUGUGUUGUUGGAUGAAGAAUGGACUCCUCAGAAUGGUUUUGUCAGUUCAGCAAUGAAGUUACAAAGAAAGAAGAUUUUGGAGUCUUGCAAAGACAGGGUUGAUGCUGCUUAUGCAAGUUCUUAG